GAGCGAAGAGUAUUUCUUAGAAAACUUCAAUAUCCGCGGGAAAGUAGAUUUAAUAUGCGCGGGAAAGUGGAUCACAACAGUUGUUUUUCAGAUGUGAAAAAGCAUAAGUGUCCACACGUCAACUGUAGUGUGACUAUACGGGGCAAAACCAAACAUUUCGAACAUCUCCAAAAACACAAUGAAUCAUCCCGUCAUCAUUGCAAGCAGCUCGGUAGUGGUGAAGAAUUCCGUAAUCAUUCAUCAGAAUAUUCUCCCUACAAGGAAAUGCAUCAACCUAAAUUUAAAUGCAAAAAGUGUGAUUUUUCCUCCAACUACAGCCAUUCACUGGCUAGACACAAGGAACGUUACUGCAAAGCUUCUCGU